AUGGUCCGGGAAACCAGACAUUUAUGGGUGGGAAAUUUACCUGAAAAUGUCCGAGAAGAGAAAAUCGUUGAGCACUUCAAGCGAUAUGGACGUGUGGAGAGUGUCAAGGUCCUUCCGAAGCGCGGCUCUGAAGGAGGAGUGGCUGCAUUUGUGGAUUUUGUGGACAUUAAAAGUGCUCAAAAAGCUCACAAUGCAAUCAACAAGAUGGGGGACAGAGACCUGCGGACCGAUUACAAUGAACCGGGGACCAUUCCUAGCGCGGCACGGGCUCUGGACGAUAGCCUGGCUUUAGGUCCUCGUGGCCGGGAUGUAUCAGGGUUCACGAGGGCGUCCAGUGGGUCAGUAUAUGGCCCGACCACGUCACUCCACAGCAGAGAUGGACGCUAUGAACGCAGACUAGACGGUCCACCCGGAGUCUCCCUGGAGUCCCCCUGGAGUCUCCCUCCACCAGCAGUCUCCCUGGAGUCUCCCUGGAGUCCACCUGGAGUCCACCUGGAGUCUCCCUCCACCAGGAGUCUCCCUGGAGUCUCCCUGGAGUCCACCUGGAGUCCACCUGGAGAGUCCACCUGGCGUCCACCUGGAGUCUCCCUCCACCAGGAGUCUCCCUGGAGUCUCCCUGGAGUCCACCUGGAGUCCACCUGGAGUCCACCUGGAGUCCACCUGGAGUCUCCCUCCACCUGGAGUCUCCCUGGAGUCCACCUGGAGUCUCCCUGGAGUCCACCUGGAGUCCACCUGGAGUCCACCUGGAGUCCACCUGGAGUCCACCUGGAGUCUCCCUGGAGUCCACCUGGAGUCCACCUGGAGUCCACCUGGAGUCCACCUGGAGUCUCCCUGGAGUCUCUGUAG